AACUGUACGGAAAUUGCCGAGGUGUUGGUGAACUGUCAGCUGAUGGAGCUGUAGGCUAGGAAGACACCCGUACUUCGAUAGAAGCAAUUUUAAUCGAGAGAAUCAGACAUUUCAAUCGGAUAAAAAAUAACAACAAGAGCAAUGCCGUCGCUUUUAUUCUGUGGUCCAAAAAUGGCCGCAUGUGGGAUAGUCAUCAGCAUUUGGGGAGUAAUUAUGCUGUUAAUGUUGGGGAUCUUCUUCAGCGCGAAAUCAGCCGUGCUGAUCGAGGAUGUUCCUUUCACCGAGGAAGACAUACGCAACGACAAGAACCCUCCACAGACUGUCUACGGACUCUACAACCAGGUCGGCAUCAACUGCUUCAUCGCGGCCGCCAUCUAUGUGGCGGUUGGGGCUGUGUCCUUGUGUCAGGUGCGACUCAAUAAGCGCCAGGAAUACAUGGUGACAUAAGUCCCCCUCCCCACCCCCCCCAUCCCCCCGAGGAACAGGCGGGCCACUGCUCCGAGAUUCCACACCUUCCAGUGAAAAGAUAAUUACGUUUUUUCGUGUGCCGACACUGCACCAUUUCCCUAUUCCGAAAGGGGAGGCAUGUGCUGAGAAGUUAUUUAUUUGUAACUUAAGCGUAGAAACAGUCUAUUUUAAGUUAUUUGUUUUGGUGUUGUUGACUUUAGACGUUUAUUCAUUCCAUGUAAAAUAAAAGCUAUUUAUUCAGUUGACUGAAAAAAUGUUGUCCCUUAUCAUGAUGGUAACUUUGACAAUACAGUAUAUGAAAAACUUAAAUUGUGUUGCCUUGUCUUACCAAAUGUUAGAUUUUUGCAUGUGUUCAAGUCUGUUGUAUAGGGUGUAACUAACCACUACAACUGUAGAAAAGAAGCAUAAUUAUUGUAUGUUUUAAUGUGAGCUAAGCCUGUAAUCACAACAAAGUCAGUAUAUGUAAGUCCGUAGUCAGGUAAAUUAUUAAAAAGGUUGUCUUAACCAACAAAAGUUAAAGGCAAUGUUUUUCAUAUACAAUGUGUGUGUGGUUUUGUAAAUGUUGGAUUUAGACCUGUAAAACAUUGCUUUUAGUAUUUAUUUCAUCAAUGGGAAAGUUCAGAAAAACUGAUGUGUGUGGACAUAAUUUUUAAAUGCUAUUUAUUUUCAUGUGUCACAGUCACCUGAAUGUUAUGGUUGAAAUGUGUAUGGGUAUACUGAUGAGAUGAAAUCCAUCCAGUUUCAUGAUCCCUGUAAUAAAAUGAAAUAAC